AGUUGCAAUUUAAUUUCUUCAAUUUAUCUUUCAAUUUCCUUUCAGACUAACCAAAAAGUAAUCAAGAAUAAUCAAGGAUUGGACUUUCUUUCCCCACUGACUGUAUUCAACAGUAAAAUCUCUCAUAAUAUCUGACAUGAAUAUCUGGGAUUAUAAUUUUUAUCAUAAAUAAUAUUCACGAAAUUGAUUUCCAUGACAAAGUCGAUCUCGAUCUUAAUUUUGUGAUUUUGGGUAUUCGAGGCAACAAUUCUUCAGACAAUCUCUUUUAGCUCAUUGGUUUAACUCAACAUGUAAAAAUCGCUGAUUGUUAACUUGGUAAAAUGAGAUAUGUUAAUCCAUCAUUCAAUCAGUUUGUUGAACAAUCUAAUUCGUUCUCAUUUUUGAUGAAUUUCGUACUUCCUAAUUGAUUUCAAUAUUUUUGUUCAAGCUUCCAGGAGGUAAUGAAUAAGACAUUGAUAUUUUGAUUAUAAUUAUUUGCCCUUAUAUCAUUUUCCUCAAAGUUUAGUUCUAAGUUUGUUUUGGAAGUAGGUGAUUUGUAGAGGCUAAUUGUUUAUCUAGUUUGAUUUAGAUAAGUUAGUUAGAAAAGACAAAGGGUUAAAUUGUAAAUUGUGUUGAAAUGUACUAUUGUUUUCAUCUUAUUAUCAGUUGUUUUCUUGUCGAACUGUUGAGUGCACAAAGUGAGGAUGAAGUAAGGCCAAUCAAUCCUGAUGUCUUCAUACCGUGUUUCAAAGUAAAAUGUUACGGAGAUGAUUUGGGUUGCUUUAGGCCUUUAAUAUCAGGAUUAAUCAUUUUAUUUCCACCGAUAAGUAUAUGUGCUGAAGAUCCCAAGAUUGUUAACCUGACCUUUCACAUUGCCAAUAGAGAUGAUCCCUCCAUGUUUAUUGACACAACUUCAUUGUCUGCUCUUAAACCAGGACGUAGUUUGGCCUUUUACAGCCAUGGAUGCUUCGGAAGUUAUGCAGAUAAAAAUGCCCUUUACCCGGGAUUCGGGUUACUCCGACAUUACUACCAAGUAGUUCUGUCUGAUUGGGUUAGAGGAGCAAAUCCAUACGUUUUUGGUAGAAUGCCUGCAAUCAUCAAUUUAUUUCUAUGUACAGCCAAUUGUGAAGUUGUUGGACGCCGAGUGGCUAAUGUUUAUGCUUAUGCAGUCCAACGAUUGGGCAUCAGCCCUUCAGAUAUAGUUGUAGUAGGUCACAGUGCUGGUUCACAGGCAACACAUUUCACGAGUACCUGGUUACAGGAAAAAUAUAACAUGAAACCCUAUGAAACAAUUGGUUUGGAUGUGGUUUCUGACCCUUAUAUCCCAUCUACUGUACUCCCAGUCAAUCGCAUGGACGCUUCUUAUGUAACUGCAGUUCAUACAACGUUCAACUUUCCCAUUCCCCUGAUAUCUCAUCUUCCGGCUGCAACCGUAUUAAAAGUCGGCUCGCCUUUUCCCUUAUCACAUACGGAUUUAUAUGUUAAUGGACCUUACGGAGUGUUGAUUCUUCAACCACCCUGUGGACUCUUGCCAUAUUGUAGUCACUUUUAUUCGAUCAAUGUCUAUGUGGGAUCGUUGUUUGGCUGUCGAUAUAAAUCAUGUUACUUCAAUGAUGAUCGAACUGGUGUUGCUAGUUCAGUUUUUGGCAAACGAGGUGCAUUAUGUAUAACAGCUCCUAAAUAUCCAUUAACAGAAUGUGAAUGCGAGUCAGGAUCGAAGACACAAUCUGUUGAAUUUAGUAAAGUAAAAAAGUCUCAUAGAAUGGAAAGUGUGAAACACUUGAAUGUCAGUUGUUGAAGUCGUUAAAACGAUUCUUCAACCAUUUAUUUAAUCAACAUAAUGAAAAAAUUAAAAGAUUUCAAAAAUCA